AUGGCCGCUGCCGCGUGCGCUCUGAUCAGACUUGGAAUGAUUCAUGUUGUCUUGACUUGGGGCACGAAUAACAUGACUGCUGCCCAGCGUCAGGACCAUCACUUUACCCCCAAGGAGAUCUAUCAGCGGGAGAUCGGCAGCAAGUUGUCCAUCGCUAAUCGCGUGUUCUAUAAUUCCUAUCUUUGGUUGCAGAAGCUUGUGCUGUUGGAUCUCUAUCGACGACUUAUCCACGACUUACCCGAGUGCAAGCCCUUUCACCUCUACUGGCAGGUUCUUCCUGACCCAGGCUCCUGUGCGCAAGCCCAGAUGCAGCUUAUUGUGCUUGGUGUUCUCAAUAUCGUAACAGACUUUAUGCUCAUCGUCCUCCCGAUCCCGGUUAUCCUCAAACUCAAGGCGCCGCUAGCUCGAAAAGCCCAGCUAUUUGCACUAUUCACACUUGGUAUAUUCAUCAUUGCUAUUACCAUCAUCAGACUACCAAUCAACUCUUCGCAUCCAUAUAGCCAAGUCAACCGUACGACUUGGGCUAGCACUGAGCUCCUGACAGCUGCUAUUGUCGUCAAUGCGCCGACACUCUACUCAUUCUGGAAUAAGAGGCGGCGAGAAAAAUCCACCCCUCGUGAACAAGCGCAGGGUGACAGCGAUAAGGCUGAUGAUCGAAUUGCUAUGGAAACUAUAGGCGGCAGUACGUUUUCUAGUAGCGGAGGCCCGAAGCGCAAACCGACUGGAGGUAUUAUACAGACAAAGGAGGUGAUCGUGUCUGAGUACAGAAAAAGCGGCGACUAUAUUAAACUGCCCGACGAGCGAGAUCAUACGUCGCAGCAUUCCAGUUAG